AUGUCAAAUACCCUUCCUCCGACCGCUUCCCCGGUCUACUACAGAGCUCCUCAGCACUCAAUUCCUUCCCAGCACUCAAUUGCGCCCCAGCACGUCCCCCAGCUCACCUCGUCCGUGCCAGUGUGGGCCCGCUUGCCUGAGCCUUACUAUGAGCUUCCUCCUCCACAACACUACCCGGGGCCUCUGCUCGUGCAAUACUCCUUGAACCAGCCGCCUGCGGCUCCCCGAACCCACGACUACCGUUUUGUCGACGAUCACAAGCCCCGCAAGAAGCAGCGCAAGGAGCCUCACACCCUGGUGUUCCGCUUCCAGGACUCCUUCAAAGACUCGUACAAGCACGGCAAGCGCCUUUUCCCCGAUUCCCAUGAAAAGUACCCUGUCACGCCGCUCCAGGAUGCAUUGCACGCCGUUCCACCCCAGCACGCCCACGAGCUCCAGGAAAACGUCUACCCAUCCAUUGUCACCAAGAAGUACAGUGCCUCUGCUCUCGGGGCAAACCGCUCCCACUUGCUAGUGUACGAGUACCCCGUGGCAACGCAAUGGGUCAUCUGGGACUACGAAACAGGCUACACGCAUCUCACCGGGUUGUGGAGGGCGGCUCUACACGAACAUGCGCUUCAUAAGAACAAGAACGGCGUGGUCCACGUGAAGCCCAACGCCAAAGCCGAUAUCGUGAAACUUCUCGAGUCCACCCCUCAGGCCUUGCACCCAUACAUCAAGCGGGUCCGUGGUGGUUUCUUGAAGAUCCAGGGCACCUGGGUCCCUCACAGCUUGUGCAAGCGCUUGGCCAGAAGCUUCUGCUACUACAUCCGCUACCAGCUUGUGCCGAUCUUCGGCCCCGACUUCCCAGACCUCUGCCUCGGUCCAGACGACCCGGGCUUUGGCGAACUCCGCUUCGAUGCCUGUGGGGACGAUUUCCAUCUCGACACGCCUGCUGGCUCAGAUCUCACCACCACCCAUUUCGACAACUAUUCAACCAGGCCCAAGACGGAACGACUGGGGAGCAUCCUGUCGCAGCCGUCAUUUCUGCUGGCGUCGCUGGGUCUGACGAACGCGUCGCUGCCUGACCGGCCGGCAGCGAAAAGAGACGACGAGCUGAGAAUGUCCUACGCUGACAUGGUAGAUAUUGUGAAUGCCUCCAAAUGCCUUCAAAGACUACGCCAGGGUCUGGGUCUGGGAAGCGACCAGGAGUGA